AUGUUCAAAUUAGGAAAGGAUCAAUCUGUCAAAAUUAAAGAAUCUCUUUUGAGAAUAUUAAAAACUAAAAGGCAAACUAUUCUAUUUAGAAUAUAAAAUCUUACCAUCAAAUCACGAAUUGAAAAAUAGUAAAAGUAAAACUUAAAAUAAUAUUGCUUCAAAAUUCAAAAUCUAAUUCAGUUCAAAAAAACAGUGACAAUUGACUUUAUCAACAGAUGA